AUGAGUUCCCCGGUUCAAGUCCGCGAGUACCCCAUCCCAGGCGGCAAGCUUGGCCGCAACACACUCAUCUGUGGGUUAGUGAUGCUCCUGUCGUCGCGCAGCGAGGUUCUGGCCCCAGGCUCUCCAAUAUACGACUACCUACUCGCUGAACGGCCAACCGCACUGAAGUAUUCUAUUCGAGCUCAGUAUGGCCUCUACUACUUCCUCUUUGGCGCCCAUACAAUCGAGAGCGUGAUCUUUGCGGCGACAAGGCUACGCAAACACGGCGUUCCGGUAUUCAGUUUACUAUGGUUCAAGUGGAUGCUGGCUUGUUUUAUUGGAGGACAACUGACUUACAAGCAUUUUGACAACGUUGUUCGCGCGACAGCUACAAAGAAUGUUUAA